AUGUUCACCAGGAUCUUCAUCCCCAAGAAGCACCGACAGCGGUUCGACGAGGCCGUGUCCCAGAGCCUGAUCCAGAAGAUCUGUCGCAGUAAGAGCAUUAGCGAGCCGGGCCGGCAGGGCCGUCUGAGACGUAGCCGCAGCGAGGACCACCCUGACCGCCAGCACGGCUCCAAACGGGCCAGCUCAGUACCUCGGGAUCCUGGGGAGGACGGAGGGGGACAGGAGAGAGGAGGGAGGGGGUACAGGAAGUCCACGUCGGGCAAACCUGGGCAUCAAUCAGAAGCCAAUCAGAGGACAGUGAGGGUUUACAGAGGGAAGAAGAGUUUUGGGUUCACCCUGAGAGGCCAUGCCCCUGUCUGCAUUGACUCUGUCAUCCCAGGUAACCCCGCUGAAGACUGUGGUCUCAAACCAGGCGACCGCAUCCUUUUCCUCAAUGGAUUGGACAUGAGAAACUGUUCCCAUGAGAAGGUGGUGUCCAUGCUGCAGGGCAGUGGGGCCAUGCCCACCCUGGUGGUGGAAGACGGACCCUCUGGUUACUCCCACUCUGACCAGAGUGACCAGGAAGACUCUCCCACAGGCUUGGCCCCUGCCGUGGCCCCCAGGUCCCGCUCCCGCUCCCCGGUCCCCCUCAGCUCCCUGCAGUGGGUGGCUGAGAUCCUACCCCCCAGCAUCAGGGUCCAUGGUCGCACCUUUAGCCAGCAGCUGGAUCAUCUCCUGACGGUGCAGGAGAGAUACACCAUCUGCAAGGCCCUGGAGACCUUCUUCCAACAGAGGAACGUGGACACCCUGAUUGUUGAUGUGUUCCCGGUGUUGGACACUCCAGCCAAGCAGGUGAUCUGGCAGUUCAUCUACCAGCUGUUGACCUACGAGGAGCAGGAACACUGUCAGAGCAAGAUUUCACGCUUCCUUGGCUUUAAGACCGCAGGGAACCGUAAAUCAGGUCUGUCUCUGACAUGGAAGGAACCUCUACCCGACCCUCUGUAUGAGUUCUACCACGGGGGAACCAUCCCCUCUCCGGGCAGCGCUGACUCCAACCCCUAUGUGAGCCUGGAGAGCCCGCCUCCAUCCCCCCAGAACUCUGACGACCCCACCAGCCCCCUGUCCAGACGCAGGAAGCUUUUCACCUUCUCUAGACCCCCCCGGAGCAGGGACACUGACAAGUUCCUGGACGCUCUGAGCGAACAGCUGGGACACCGUGUCACUCUGGUGGAAGACUUCCUCCCUGGAGAGAAUGACUAUGAGGAGAUGAGUUUCCAGGAUGAGCAGGAGGUGAGCUACCUCCCCCGUCAGCUGAGCAGUGCCAGCAGUGAGGACAUCAGCAGCAACGAUGAGGCCACCUCCCUCACCUACUCCUCCGGGUCAGAACACAACCCCAUCCCCCCACCCCCGCAGAGCGCCCCGCCACCCCCGCCCUUACCCACCCCCUUACCCCCGCCACCCUUCGGCUUCUCCGACCCCCUCCCCAUUACCCCUGUCCUCUCCCACUUCUCCCCAGAACACAUCCCCCGGGCGCGCAUGUCCUUCCAGCCGCAGCACCCCAUCAUCCCCCCUCCCCCGCCUCCUCCACGGGCCUUCACGUACAACAGGCCGUCCCUACACAAGGUGCUGCCGACCAGAGAUGAGCUACAGGGCUGUCCUUCUCGCCCCAGGAACCUGCCCCGCCAGGCCAGCCAGCCUCAGCCCCUGACCCAGCCCAUCCUGUGUCCCCAGCCCUCCCCUCAACCCAACAGGCAAAGCCAGCUCACCCUCCAGAGGCACCACCAGCUUCACCACCAGCCCUACCAGCCCCAGCUGAGCCACAGCCUGCCUCCUCAAGCCCCUCACCUGUCCCAGCCCCAGAGUCACCCUCCCCAGCCCCCUCACUCACAGACCUAUGAGACCCCCAUCUCAGUGUCAGAACUCCAGAAACACAAGGUCCCCCCACCACCCCCUCCACCACUGCCGCCCCCCUGCGACCCGCCUCCGCUGCCCAAUUCCAGUCCCUGUGCUGGGGACACCAACUACAUGAGUGUGAAGAGACUGCGCUGGGAGCAGCUUGGAGAGGACCCCGACUAUGACAAACUGAGUGACAUGGUGAAAUAUCUCGAUCUAGAGAUGCACUUUGGUACCCAACGGAGUUCCAAGCCAGCCUUCCUGCCCGAGAGCUUUAAAAAGAAAGACGUGGUGGAGAUUCUGUCUCAUAAGAAAGCCUACAACGCCUCCAUCCUGAUCGCCCACCUGAAGCUGUCUCCAGGUGAGCUGCGCCAGGUGCUGAUGACUAUGAGCACAGACAGACUGGAGCCGGCCCACAUCAAGCAGCUGCUGCUCUACGCCCCCGAUGACCAGGAAGUCAAACAGUACCAAUGCUUCGACCAGAACUCCGCCAAACUCAGCGACCCUGACCAGUUUGUCCUGCAGAUGCUGAUGGUCCCUGAGUAUAAGACUCGUCUGCGGAGCCUCCAUUUUAAGACAACCCUGCAGGAGAAGACAGAGGAGAUGAAGGCUGGAUACGAAUGGAUCUACAGGGCCUCGGUAGAACUCAGGAGCAGCAAGAAACUGGCCAAGAUCCUCGAGUUUGUGCUGGCAAUGGGGAAUUACCUGAACAAUGGUCAACCCAAGACAAACAAAACCACUGGCUUUAAGAUCAACUUUCUCACUGAGCUCAGCACCACUAAAACGGUGGAUGGUAAAUCCACCUUCCUCCACAUUCUUGCCAAAUCGCUAUGCCAACACUUCCCAGAACUGUUGAACUUUGCCAGGGACCUCACAACCGUGCCACUCGCAGCUAAAGUGAAUCAGCGUAUCCUGACAGCUGAGCUGGCUGACCUUCACUCCACCAUCCAGGACAUCAGGACAGCCUGUCAGAAGAUCCCUGCCACGGCCGAGGAUCACUUCGCUGCCGUCAUGAGUGGCUUCCUGGAGAACAGUCACCCAGUGGUUCAGUCUCUGGACUCUCUGCAGCUGAGAGCCAUGGACGAGUUCACUAAGGUGGCCUCGUACUUCGGAGAGGACAGCAAGGCCACCUCCACUGAGGCCUUCUUCGCCAUUUUUGCUGAGUUUACUUCCAAGUUUGAGAGAGCACUGAAUGAGACCCAGGCCACUGAGAACCCCUGCAGCCCCAGAGUGCCCUCUCCCCUGGCCUGGUAG